GCUCCCAGUUCCUCCAGCGCCAACCCUGCUAUGCAUUACCCAAGUUCAUUCGGCUUUUUCAGACCUAAACCAGUUUUGACACUUUGACAGGAAACUUUUAUCCUUUUUUUUAAAGAACCACCCAUUCCAUCAUUUUAUCCACUUCUGCCCUUGACACGGGGUUGGAUUCGUUCCCGCAAAGGUUGUUUUUAAAACCUUUUCCUCCCUUCUAACUGAAUGUGGACUCUGAAAUAUCUGAAACUUUUACUUUUCAAUCAUUCCCAUUGAGAGAAAGCAUCUCUCCAGCUGCCUUUUUGACCGCGAUGCUGGAGGUCAUGAUUUAAAAGCUCCAAGGAAAAGAGUGGAAGCAUCGCCUGCAUCCUCUCUUUUGUCUUUGUUGCAUCUCUGCAUCUUUAAUUAUAUAACUGGGAUGUAAGAAGACACUAAACCGGUGUGGUUUGAUUUUUUCUUUUCAUCCACAAAGGAAUUAACAAUGGCGAGAUUUUUGUUGAACAUGCGUCUUGUUCUGAUUUUCUUGGGAUUAUUUUUGCUCUCUUCUCCAUCCGCAAGAUCCGAGCCGGAGCAACAGGACGAAGAGGAGGAGGAGAGCUCCUGUCAGGGCGCUUUUGACCUGUAUUUUGUGCUUGAUAAGUCCGGCAGUGUGAAGAAUCACUGGGAGGAAAUCUACUACUUUGUGGAGAAUCUAGCAGAGAAAUUCAAAAGUCCCAUGCUGAGGAUGUCCUUCAUAACAUUCUCCUCCAGAGCAUCCACCAUCAUGAAACUGACGGAAAACAGAGUGGACAUCAGAAAGGGGCUGAACGCUCUGAAAAGAGAGAUUCCUGGUGGAGACACAUUCAUGCACCUUGGAUUGCAGAGGGCAAACGAGCAGAUACACCAGGAGAACUUUGGCACAGCCAGCGUGAUUAUUGCACUGACAGACGGAGAGCUGCAGGAAAAUCAGCUUAUUACUGCACAGCAAGAGGCGGAGAGGGCCAGGUCUCUUGGAGCCAUUGUGUACUGUGUUGGCGUCAAAGACUUCAAUGAGACACAGCUGGCCACCAUUGCAGAUACCAUCGAGCAUGUGUUUCCUGUGUUGGGCGGCUUCCACGCCCUCCGGGGAGUCAUUGAUUCGAUCAUCAAGAAAUCCUGUAUUGAGAUUUUGGCAGCCGAGCCCUCCAGUGUGUGCAGGAGAGUCUUCCAAGUGGUGGUGAGAGGAAAUGGGUUUCUCCAUGCCAGGAACAUCAACCAGGUGCUCUGCAGCUUCAAAAUCAACGACACCAUUACAGUCAAUGAAAAGCCGGCCGGCGUAGAAGACACAUUUCUACUGUGUCCAGCUCCUGUCAUCGAUGAAGUUGGGAAGGUCAUUUAUCUCCAAGUGAGCAUGAAUGACGGCCUGUCCUUCAUCAGCAGCAACGUGCACAUCACCACCACAGAGUGUUUUGAUGGCACCAUUCUCCUGAUCACCCUGCUGGUGUUGUUCCUCCUGCUGGCCCUGCUUUUCAUGUGGUGGUUCUGGCCUCUCUGCUGCACUGUGGUGAUCAAAGAACCACCUCCUCCACCUCCUCCUGAGCCCGAGUCAGAUGAUGAAGACGGCCUGCCCAAGAAGAAGUGGCCCACUGUGGAUGCCUCAUAUUAUGGAGGAAGAGGAAUCGGAGGGAUCAAGAGGAUGGAGGUGCGUUGGGGAGGGAAAGGCUCGACCGAGGAGGGGGCUAAGCUGGAGAAGCCAAAGAACGCUGUGGUGAAAAUGCCAGAGCAGGAGUACGAGCCAUUCGAGCCCAAACCUAAGAAAGCUCACAACAAGAAGGCGCCUCAGAACCGGAAGUGGUACACGCCCAUCCGGGGUAAACUGGAUGCUAUCUGGGCUCUGUUUCGCCGCGGGUACGACCAGGUCUCCCUGAUGAGACCCCAGCCUGGAGAUCAUGGUCGAUGCAUCAACUUCACAAGAGUGAAAGACGAGUCAGCGGCAGCCAAGGCCCCCCAUCGCACCCCGAUCCACACACCCUCGCCCCCGCCACCGGACUACCGCCCUGUGACCCGCACCGCCUCCUCGUCGCCCACCUCCACCAGCCCUCCUGCCAGAUCACCCCCGUCAGGCCAGAUACCCCCAGGACCGCCACCAUCUCGCACACCCCCGGGGCUUCCUUGUGCACCGCCGUCACGUCCCCCGCCCAGCCUUCGACCCUGAAUCACACAGACAAACCCCUCCCACGUCCCAACGCACCCGCUUUGAUAUCACAGACUUUCUGCUCUGCUGACCAGUUCUUUCAGUUUGAAGGUUGUGGUCCUCGCUGCCCAAGAUACUCCCGCUAUUGGCCAAAGAUCAGCAGUAUUUUGAAUCCCAGUCAUUCUGUGUUCCUCUUCUCGCAUCGGAAAGAAUGUCAAGUGAAACUGUGAGAUGGCAGGAAGUUAUUUAAACAUGCUAACACCAAGCAUGAUACAUUCUGGAGGUAACAAAUGUUAUAUAUAAUACCAGGAUACAUCGGUGAAAUAUUACCAACCUCAAUGCUCUCUGUGUUCACUGUUUAUAUGCAAAGUGAAGUGUGGAGCCCCCAAAACAAAAUAAGAGAUUAGAAUAAUUAUAGUAAAAGAUUAUUUUGACAAACAGUUUGACUUGACAUUCAGUUGCAUACAUAGGGCGAUUGGGGUGAUACGGGGAAAUAUUUUAGUUAGUGUUGGCGUUUGUAAGAUCAGGGAGGAUUGUUGCUGGACAGCAAAGCAUGUAGGGACAGGAAGUCCACAGAAGAAUACUGCGAUGGAUGAAAUUUCUUUGUUGUCUUUAUCAACUACUGAGUUAGGCCAUUGUUGUCAAGAGUGAAGUUGAAAAGUAGGUUGUACAUGAAAAUCUAAGUU